GCCGGGAGUCCAGACCCUCUAGGCCUUUAAGGUAGUUUAGAACUCAGAGGCUUUCAUUUAAGCCGCUGGGUCCUGAAAGUUAUAAACUAUUACACGCCCCUGUGGUGCCCUAGAUAAAUGUUUACAAACCGCAGGUUAGUCUGUGGCUACUAUAAUAUUAAUCAGCUUAUUACUUCAAAGUGUUAAAAAUGAUGUCUCCGCACAGAAGGUAAAGAACGGUCGCGGAGCCCCCUGCCAGGACCUGGGAGCCGCAGCUUCUUCCGCCCGGGCCUGGUUUCUUCCGCGGAUCCUCUGCCGUCAUGUCGGCUGCUAUUGCAGCCCUGGCCGCUUCCUAUGGCUCAGGUUCAGGGUCCGAGUCGGACUCCGACAGUGAGGGCAGCCGAUGCCCGCUGCCCGCCGCCGACUCCCUCAUGCACCUGACGAAGUCGCCGUCGGCCCCUCCGUCUCUGGCCGUGGCGGUGGACUCGGCCCCGGAGGUGGCGGUUAAGGAAGACCUGGAGACUGGCGUUCACCUUGACCCUGCUGUCAAGGAGGUUCAGUAUAAUCCUACCUAUGAGACCAUGUUUGCUCCUGAGUUUGGACCAGAAAAUCCCUUUAGAACACAGCAAAUGGCUGCUCCUAGAAAUAUGCUUUCUGGAUAUGCUGAACCAGCUCAUAUCAAUGAUUUCAUGUUUGAACAGCAAAGGAGAACUUUUGUCACAUAUGGUUAUGCAUUGGAUCCUUCAUUAGAUAAUCAUCAAGUGUCUGCUAAAUACAUUGGUUCUGUAGAAGAAGCUGAAAAAAAUCAAGGUUUAACUGUAUUUGAAACUGGCCAGAAGAAAACAGAAAAGAGGAAAAAGUUCAAAGAAAAUGAUGCAUCUAAUAUUGAUGGUUUCUUGGGACCAUGGGCAAAAUAUGUGGAUGAAAAAGAUGUAGCCAAACCUUCGGAGGAAGAACAAAAAGAAUUGGAUGAAAUCACAGCAAAGAGGCAGAAAAAAGGCAAACAGGAAGAUGAGAAACCUGGGGAGGAGAAGACAAUCUUACAUGUUAAAGAAAUGUAUGACUAUCAAGGCAGGUCCUAUCUUCACAUUCCUCAGGACGUUGGUGUUAAUCUGCGGUCCACUAUACCACCUGAAAAAUGUUAUCUUCCCAAAAAACAAAUUCAUGUGUGGUCUGGACACACGAAGGGUGUCAGUGCAGUAAGAUUGUUUCCUCUUUCUGGCCAUUUAUUGCUGUCUUGUUCCAUGGACUGUAAAAUCAAGCUAUGGGAGGUUUAUGGAGACCGGCGCUGUCUACGAACGUUUAUUGGUCACAGUAAAGCUGUUAGGGACAUCUGUUUUAACACUGCAGGAACCCAGUUUCUCAGCGCAGCCUAUGAUAGAUAUCUUAAACUCUGGGACACUGAGACAGGACAGUGUAUAUCAAGAUUCACAAACCGAAAAGUACCCUAUUGUGUCAAAUUCAAUCCUGAUGAAGAUAAACAGAAUCUCUUUGUGGCUGGGAUGUCUGAUAAAAAGAUUGUGCAAUGGGACAUUCGAAGUGGAGAAAUUGUUCAGGAAUAUGAUCGACAUUUGGGAGCUGUCAACACCAUUGUUUUUGUUGAUGAGAACAGGAGAUUUGUGAGUACAUCUGAUGAUAAAAGCCUAAGAGUUUGGGAAUGGGAUAUCCCUGUGGAUUUCAAGUAUAUAGCCGAACCUAGUAUGCACUCAAUGCCUGCAGUGACUUUGUCUCCAAAUGGUAAAUGGCUAGCAUGCCAAUCAAUGGAUAACCAAAUCUUAAUUUUUGGAGCACAGAACAGAUUCAGACUGAAUAAGAAAAAAAUUUUUAAGGGCCAUAUGGUAGCCGGCUAUGCUUGUCAAGUGGACUUUUCACCAGACAUGAGCUAUGUGAUUUCAGGAGAUGGAAAUGGAAAAUUAAACAUUUGGGACUGGAAGACCACAAAACUCUAUAGUCGAUUUAAAGCUCAUGACAAAGUGUGUAUAGGUGCAGUGUGGCACCCUCAUGAAACAUCUAAGGUCAUCACAUGUGGCUGGGAUGGUCUCAUUAAAUUGUGGGAUUAAUGAGUUUAGUCCUUAAACUUUCUAGGAUCAUUUUUGAUCCAAUGUCAUAUUUAACUAUAUUUAAUUAUUAAAUGUGUUGAAUGACAAUUUGAUUUAUAGAUAAUGUUUUCCUUAUAUGGCCUUAUGAAGUUGGCUGAUUGUUUGAAAAAAAGCUUUGUAAAUUUGCCUCCUAUAAUGUCACUGGCAAUUUCAUUUUGCUCUUUCUGGAUGUUAUUUAUACAAUGAAUAACCAUUGACUUUCUAUUUGAUAAGUAGUUAUUGUUGGCAGGCAGUUUAGACUUAAUCCCUAUGCAUUACCAAAAGAUUCUUUUUUUGGUUUCAAGAAAGAAUCACUACUAGAUUCAGGAUCCUCUAGGAAAUAAUGUAAUUAAUGACGCAGGAAGGUACGCUGUACUUACCUACCUGUUCAGUCGGGAGGGCAAUAAAGAACAAAGAUGAUGUAAUCUAAUGCAUAUUUGAAAGCAUAGAACCACCUACAGUUCCUGUUCCCAUUACAUUCAGUGGGUCGAGAUCUAAAUCUUUGGCUUUCAUGAGUUCCACUCUUUUUUAUGACAUGUGUUGUAUAUUUUUAUUUGCAAAUCAGUAACCUUUACUACACCAUUCCUCUAAUCAUUAAACAACAUAAAAUAAAAA